UGCAUAUUUCUAGUUAUGAUAGCGACAUUAGCGCAGAGCGCUUCAAUCAAUGUAAGUGUGUUCCAGUUAGAAGAUAAUUUGGCAGUAAUGGAGAAGUAUAAAACCGCAGAGUGCCCGAUUUGUUUCGAGGUGUUUCCCGAUAAAAUAUUCCAAUGCAUGUGCGGUCACAGCCUAUGCGAGUCCUGUUCGGCGAUAACCAUACGAUGUCCAAUUUGCAACGAUUAUAUGACGACAAUUCGUAAUUUUACAUUAGAAGCGCUCAUCGAAGAGUCCAGGAAAAAACCUCAUACCAGCGUUACCAAAACUCCAAAACCCGCGACCAAAGUUCGCGUACCGGCUAAGGAGGUCGUCUGUCCGGCCUCGUCCAGCUGCAAAUCCUUCCAGACCGAGAAACACGAUCCAAUUGGGCACCUCGAGAAAUUUCACUCUCGCGAUUUGAUAAAGACAUUGGAUUCAGGUGCUAUAAAAGUAAAGAAAACGGUCCGUCGUAAUGUAGGUGAUGAAAAUUUCUCUAAAAUUAUCUACUGUAAACAGAAGUUAUUUAAGCUGUACGUUAAUAUCAAUCACUCCACGGUAAUGGUUCAUUUCUCGGUAACCGUCACCGAUACCAUUAAGGGAAAAUUCGAAGUGGACUACCAACGCCAGAUCAGAAGCAAAAAAUACACUGCGUCGAUUUUACCGUCGGAUUACAGUCGGUUUCCGUUUCGGGUCCACGCAGCCAUUCCCAAAGAUCUUUGUUGUUUUAAAAUCAAUGGUAAUCUCACAUUGAUAGUGUAUUUGAAUUUAUUCUUUUGAUUAUGAUGAUUUUUAUGUAAAUGAUGUUUUUUAUCGUAAUGACAGCUGCGCUGUUUGAAUAUUUAUUCAUGAUGCAUCUUUAUAUCUUUGUAUUGUAU